AAACACGCCUUCGCUAACACUCACGCGGUUGCCAUGGACGUUCACAAGCAGUGGGAGAACACAGAGACGAACUGGCACAAGGAAAAGAUGGAAUUACUGGACCAGUUUGACAACGAAAGGAAAGAAUGGGAAAGUCAAUGGAAGAUCAUGCAGAAGAAAAUAGAAGAGCUUUGCCGUGAAGUAAAUCUUCGGAGGAAAAUCAACAUGAGUGAACGUGCUAAGAUCAUUGAUCUUGAUCAUAAGAAAGCCAUUCAAGAACAACUGGUAAAAUCGUCUUCAAAUUACCCCAAUUGUGGACAACGUGAAUUUACAGGGAUGAAUCACAGGGAUGAUCUGGAAAAAGGAAAUGAAACAGAGCAGAGCUUACUCAGUGAAGGAAAUCAAAUGUGUAAGGAACAAACAGCAAGAAAAAAAUCAAAAGUCGUGUUCAUGGAUCCUUUGGCCACAGACAACCAAAAGGAAUGUGAGGCCUGGCCUGACCUGAGGACUUCUGAGGAAGAGAGCAAGAGCUGUUCUGGCGCCCUCACCACAGCUCUUGAAGAACUUGCCAAAGUUAGUGAAGAAUUAUGCAGCUUUCAAGAGGAAAUUCGAAAGCAAUCUAACCACAGAAGGAUGAAGUCAGACUCUUUUCUCCAGGAAAUGCCAAGGGUAAUUAGUAUGCCUCAUGGAGACCACAUGAUCAGUGAUGGCCAGUGCAUUCUUCCAAUCAAUUUAGAAAAAGACAAACCGAAAAAUAGAAAGAAACUAAACUGUACCAGUGUGCUCCAAAGCAAUUCUGUGAAAAAAUGUGGAAUUGAUACAAUUGAUCUGCCAAGAAAUGAAACUCCACCAGUUCCUCCUCCAAGAAGCACAUCUCGAAAUUUUCCCAGCCCAUAUUCUGAACAAGCCCAUGAAAGUCUGAAGGAGAGUUUAGACCACAACAGCCGGGUAGCCCAAGGGGGUCAAGGUGAAAGGAACUGCAAUCCUCAUUUCCUUUUGAGGCGCAAUGAGAUGCCUAUGCUGUGUCUAAAUGAAGGGAAGUCUUUGAAAGAUGGUAUCAUGUUUUCUUCUCUGGCACCAGAAGCCAAAAUAGAUAACAAGCCUCCAUAUAAUGAAAGUGUUGGACUUAGCGUGUGGGCAUUCGACGUUGGGAAAAGUACCAAAAAUAGUCCCUCUACAUCAUGGUUUCAGAAAACCUGCUCUGCUCCCAAUAAGCCAAAAUAUGAAUAUGAAAAGAUGAUCCCAGAUCAUCCUGCUAAAUCUCAUCCUGAUCUUCAUAUAAGCAAUGACUAUAGUGCUUCAGUGACACAGAGCAGUGGCCCACUUAGAAGUUUCAGUUGUGGCUUUGAAAAGUCUGCUAGGAAUGAAAAGCUAGCAGUGAAGACUGAUGAAUUUAACAGAACUGUAUUUAGAACAGAUAGACAUUGUCAUGCAAUACAGCAAAAUCAAAGCUACUCAGAAUCAUCUGAAGAUCGUAAGCCCUGUGAUACCUUAAUUACUCAUAUAGGUAACAUAUCAGAAGAUGACAAUGUAUCUGAUAUUCUGAAAACCAGUGCCCACCUGCCUGUGCCCAGGGAAAAUGUGCCUGAUAAUCCCACCAAAAAAUCUACAACAGGCCUAGUCAGAUCAAAGCAAGAACACAUAAGUCCUAGCAGUUAUCGGAACAUGCUCCACGAGCAUGACUGGAGACCAAGUAAUUUGUCUGGCCGACCAAGAUCAGCUGAUCCUAAGUCAAAUUAUGGUGUUGUGGAAAAGCUGCUGAAAACCUAUGAGACAUCAACAGGGUCUGCAUUACAAAAUUCUAAGUGCUUCCAGGAUAAUUGGACCAAAUGUAAUUCUGAUGUCAGUGGUGGGGCCACAUUAAGUCAGCAUUUAGAAACACUCCAAAUAGAACAAGAGCUUCAGCGAAAGGCAGCUAUGUUUGGGGCACAGCAAGUGAAGCAAGGAGCAGAUUGGAAAAAGAUAACAGAGGAAUCCAUGGCAGUGACAUCCUCACAUGGAAGAGGAUUUUCCCGACCUGCUAGACCAGCAAAUCGCCGUCUCCCAUCCAGAUGGGCAUCCAGAUCACCAUCGGCGCCCCCUGCCUUUCGGAGAACUGCCCACAGUUAUACCGUUUCUCUGCGAUCUGAAGCAUCGAUGGUCUGAGUCUCUGUCCUGGAUUGCUAGGUUACAAAAGUCCCAAUUGCCAGACAGCGUUCUGAGUGUUUACAGCCAAUCGUCUCUUCAGUAUCUUUCAAGAUCACUGGGACAAACAAUUUAAAUCUUAACUUCCCCUCAGUCUUCAGUGUUUUUAAUCUAUAGAAUAAUUAUCUUCCUUUAUUUUGAUUUCUUAGAUCAGAAUUUUUUAAUGCCAUCCUCAUGAAAUUUGCCAAUAUGAUUUAAGUUGAAACAAUGUACUAUAUUGUAUAUUCUAACUUUCUUGCAAGUGGCAGAAAAAGCAAGGUUAUGUGCAUGGCCACGUGUUUGUAGGCGCAUGUGUUGAAAUAGGAAGUAACUUAGUAUGUAUUUAGAUAAGAAAACCUUAUGUGCUAGUGUUGACUUUGAAAUUAUAACAUGAAUACCUAUAUAUUCUUUGUGUUUAUUUAAAAUUUUUAAAAAUAUACAGUAUUAUUUAUAUUUUGUAAACCUUUUAAUAGGUAUCCACUUAAGGCAUUUGAGGUACGUAUAUUAACUAACUGCUUCCUUGGUCCCCAUUGAAAAGUAAUUAUACACAUGUCUAACGUUGGUAGAUUUCUAUAUACAACUCAUAAUUUCUUAACCCAUAUGAGGAUAGACUAAUACCAUUGAUCUCCUUGUUUUCUCUUUUCAAUGAAUAAAAUUGUCACAGGUUUAACAGA